AUGGGGGCAGUGGGCGAGGUGGGUACAUUUUCCUUGCACGGCCUGGAUAGCUUCGGACACGGAUCGCAUUUUGUCCUGACGCCCGCGGGGGACACCCCCGGACUGAUGAGCGAGCACCUGGUGUCGGCGGAGAGGUUGUCGCGGAGCACGCCGUCGGAUCUGACGCAUCUAAAGGGGAUUCUACGGAGGAGGCAGCUGUACUGCAGGACCGGGUUCCACCUCGAGAUACUGCCCGAUGGCACAGUGCAAGGCACCAGGAAAGACCAUAGCAGAUUUGGUAUUUUGGAGUUCAUCAGCUUGGCUGUGGGGAUGGUGAGCAUCCGUGGGGUGGACAGUGGAUUAUACCUGGGCAUGAACAGCAAGGGAGACCUCUACGGCUCUGAGAAGCUGACAGCCGAGUGCGUCUUCCGGGAGCAGUUUGAGGAGAACUGGUACAACACGUACUCAUCCAACCUCUACAGACACGGUGACCGGGGAGCGCACUACUUCGUGGCGCUCAACAAGGACGGCACGUCCAGGGACGGCGCCCGCUCCCGGCGACACCAGCGCUUCACCCACUUCCUGCCCAGGCCCGUAGAUCCCGACCGUGUACCUGAACUCUACAGAGAGGUCCUGGGCCACAGCUGA